AUGACUACUGUUGAUUCAAUUACUUCUAGCUUAACUUCAUUAGGAUUAGAAAAGCCUGAACUUGAAAUCCCAGGCUCAAACCCUGAAAAUAACGUGGUUGAUAUCUUUAGAAACUAUAUUGUUCAAGAAUUACAUAAAUUAACUUCAAUUGAUGUUCAAGUUAUUUAUAAUGCUUUAAAUACUCCAGCUACUUUAGAUAAAGGGGAUUUAAUCUUACCAUUACCUCAAUUGAAAUUAAAGGGUAAUCCAAAGGAAAAGGCUGAAGAAAUUUCCCAACAAUUCAUUAAAGGGAAAUAUAUUGAAGAAAUUAAACCUCAAGGUGUAUUUUUACAAUUUUAUUUUAAUCAAUCAACUUUAUUAAGUUUAACUAUUAAUGAUACUUUAGCUAAUAAAACUAAUUUUGGUAGUUUACCCGGUAUUGGACAAAAUAAAUCGAUUAUUGUUGAAUUUUCAUCCCCAAAUAUUGCUAAACCUUUCCAUGCUGGACAUUUAAGAUCAACUAUUAUUGGAGGGUUUUUAAGUAAUCUUUAUGAAAAAGCCGGUUAUAAAGUUACUAGAAUUAAUUAUCUUGGUGAUUGGGGUAAACAAUUUGGUAUUUUAGCCGUUGGAUUCGAUAGAUAUGGUAGUGAAGAACAAUUAACCAAUGAUCCAAUUAAUCAUUUAUUUGAAGUUUAUGUUAAGAUCAAUAAGGAUAUUACUGAAGAAGGAGAUGAAUCUCCAACUAAUGAAGCUGCUAAAGCUUAUUUCAGAAGAAUGGAAGAUGGUGAUGAAGAAGCUUUAAAGAUUUGGGCCAGAUUUAGAAAAUUAUCCAUUGAUAAAUAUAUUGAUACUUAUAAACGUCUUAAUAUUAUUUAUGAUAUUUAUAGUGGAGAAUCACAAGUUUCUCAAGAAUCAAUGAAAGAUGCUGUUAAAUUAUUUGAAGAAAAGGGUUUAGUUCAUGUUGAUAGAGGUGCUAAAUUAAUUGAUUUAACUAAAUUUAAUAAAAAAUUAGGUAAAUGUCUUAUUGAAAAAUCUGAUGGUACUUCACUUUAUUUAACUAGAGAUGUGGGUGAAGCUAUUAAAAGAUAUAAUAAUUUUAAAUUUGAUAAAAUGAUUUAUGUGGUUGCAUCUCAACAAGAUUUACAUUGUCAACAAUUUUUUGAAAUUUUAAAACAAAUGGGUUUCGAUUGGGCUAAUAAAUUAGAACAUGUUAAUUUCGGUAUGGUCUUAGGUAUGUCAACUAGAAAAGGUACUGUUGUUUUCUUAGAUAAUAUUUUACAAGAAACUAAAGAAAAAAUGCAUGAAGUUAUGAAAAAGAAUGAAGCUAAAUAUGCUCAAAUUGAAGAUCCUGAUAAGAUUGCUGAUUUAGUUGGUAUUAGUGCUGUUAUGAUUCAAGAUAUGCAAUCGAAACGUAUUAAUAAUUAUGAAUUUAAAUGGGAUAGAAUGACAUCAUUUGAAGGUGAUACUGGACCAUAUUUACAAUAUGCCCAUUCAAGAUUAAGUUCAGUCCAAAGAAAAUCAGGUAUUGAAGAAUCAGAAUUAUUAAAAGCUGAUUUAAGUUUAUUAACUGAACCAUCUGCGGUUAAUUUAGUUAGAACCAUUGCUCAAUAUCCUGAUAUUAUUAAAAAGGCUUUAAAGACUCAUGAACCUUCAACUGUUGUGACUUAUUUAUUCAAUUUAACUCAUAUUGUAUCUCAAUGUUAUGAUAUUUUAUGGGUUGCAGGUCAAGAGAAGGAACUUGCGUUAGCAAGAUUAGCCUUAUAUGCCAGUGCCAAACAAGUAUUAUAUAAUGGUAUGACUUUAUUAGGUUUAACUCCAGUAGAUAGAAUGUAG